AUGGCUGCUCCCUUACUUGCUUGUGUUUAGAUCACAGCCGCCCACGACGACAUGUUUAUUUAGCAUUUUAUUGAAACGCUCCAAGUGUCUGUGCCUGUGCACGCACGCCGUUGUGCAGAAACAAGACUAGUAAGUAAGCACUUUCUUGGCUGUUACUGCGAUCAUAGGAAUUAUCACCUACUGCACCUGCCAUGUGCCUGGUCAACUAGUUUCUUCUGGAAAUGUUGGCAACAAUAAAACUGAUGCGACCGUCAUGGAUUCGGCCUAAAUUUAGACAUUCAUGUUUCAGCAGCAGGUUGUAUACAGUUUCAUAUGAGAAGGCUAUACGAUCUCCAGUUGGUAAACGGAUACCACAGACUCCUGCAAAUACUUAUGCCAAGCAGAUCAGGUUCGGUGAAAAAGCAUAUGGUGACCUGAGAGAAAAUGUUAGAUAUGCGUGCCAUAUUUAUCGAGAAAAAGUUGACAAAUUACCUGCAAGCGAAUCUCAUAGAGUUAUUGAGAAUAUUCUUAGUGAUAUCAAGCUGCACAAAAAGAAAAUAAUAGCAACUGAAUUCACUGAAGUGUUGCAGGUUCUUGCGACUUGUGAUAAUAAUGUUUUAAAGAGAUACUGUAAUGAUGAUGGCUUCAAGGAUUUAUGGAUGUUAGGAGCAGAAGUUUCCAAUACACUCAGCGAUGACCAGUUAAAGAUAGUGUUAAGGAGCCUUACGAAAAUCUAUAUGCUAUGGUCAGCUAGCAUCACUGAUGUACUGAUGGGCUUGGAUCACUGUUGUGCACAAAGGUGUAGAGACUGGAAUACCACAACAUUGCUCCUGGUGGCUGACAUUUGGCACUUGAUGGCUGUAAAACCUAUCCAGUACAUGCAAGCAAUGCUAAACCUGUUUGAUAUAGACACUGAAACGUUUGCAGCAUUAUCUACACCACAGCUCGUUCACUUAACCUACUUUGUUGGUAACGUGCGUGGAGGACCAAAAUCCCUACUUUCAUCUAUAGAGACUCGACUUGAGAAUGUCAUCGAAGAUUUGUCAGUGUCAGAGAUUGGGCUUGUAUGCCAUGCCCUUUUCAAGUCGUCCUAUAGCAUAUGCUCGACGACUUUGCUGCAGAAAAUUGGUAACAAAGUACAAAAAGACUUUAGUGAGCUUGACAUCUACUCAUCUGUAAGCAUACUAAAGCAGUUUAGGUACUCUGGGUUUUAUCAGCCCAGUUUCUUUGCUGCAUUAGAGCUUUAUCUCACAGAUGAACAUGUAGAAAAGCUGAACUUAGUUGCUAUAUCACAUUAUGCAGUUACAUUUGCAUCAUUUCGCUACUGGAAUGAGAAGAUUUUUAAUGCAUUUGUUAACAAAUUUAUAAGUGUAGCAAGUGUGCCUAGAAAACUUGUGCCUUUUAGUAAAAAGGUUCAGGAAUUGCAUCCUUCAGUUAGAGCUCGAUGUAAAGAUAUUGCUAAGCUGCUCUGGGCUGUUACGUCAAUGAACCAUCCAUGCGAACAUCUCAAUUUUGACGCGGUUGCACUGGACGAAGUACAAAGCAGAGUUGCAACUGGUGAAAUGGACUGGUUUCCACAUUACCUGAUUGAUUGUCUGCAUUCCCUUGCCAUGAGAGGAAUCUUUCCUUAUGACCUCAUCAGUUUGGUAUUGAGUACUGACUACUUAAAAAAAAUCAAAGAAGCUGCUCUUUAUGAACCUAGACGGCAGCUGUUUGUACUGGAUGGUUCAAUUGGAAUUGAAUGUCAAGAUUACACAGGAAAUCGACUACCACCGUCAUUCAAGGACCAACUACCUGCAGCAAUAACUGGCACAGAUGGCUUUGAAUUGAAGGCAAAAGUUGGCCUCACAGAUAUUAUGCAAUGCUUAAGUGACCUUCUUGGUGGAAAGACUUUCAUACAUUGCCGAUCAAUAAUACCUCAUUUCAAAACGGCAGAUAUCAUAAUCCAUGUUGACUCUGCGGGGCACCCAUUGGCUGUGAAGCAAGGACAUGCUUCUAAAGCUCACCAGAGAGACCUUGCAGUUCCACUGAGUGAUAACAUGUUACAUGGAUUGCUAGGCAGAAUACCAGCUCCAGAAAAGUCACCGGCAGUUGAAAACAGGAAACUAGCAGUCGAGGUCCUAGGUCAAAACCAAUGCGUCAGAGAUAGAAAUGUUCUACUUGGAUUGAAUCGGAUGAAAAUGCGACAACUGGAAAAGCUUGGAUACAAAGUUAUUUUAAUCUAUCCAUUUGAAAUUCAACAAUUGGAAAACUCUACACAUGAAGAGAGGGAGGACUUCCUAAAAGAGAGGCUCAGUAACUACAUUGCCUUCUAGACUGGUUAUACAAUACAUUAUCCAGAAUAUUGCGACUAUAAAUUAGUUUUACGUCAAAGGUCUGUUGGAUGAAGCUAAUUGGAAGGUAGUGAAUGUUAUUUCUGAAGUAUAACCAAUUAAUUGGUAACUGUAAGAUGCUGCAAUUUGCUGUUCUACAAAGUGUAUUGUGUUAGAGAAUUCUGAGCCAUUGCACUUACACAAAAAUAUAUUAAAAUUCAGAAACAUAUGAAAUCGUCUGUAUUCUGAGAGCAAAGAUUCCUGGGUUUUAACUUUUAAAAUUUCAGUGAAUUUGCUAUAUGUGUAAUAAAAUUUAAAAAUUUUAAAAAUUAAAA